ACAGUCAUGUAAAGAUAGUGUUCUCGUAUCGCUGAUUUUUUUCCGCAUGAAUGAACAAGUAAUUUUGUAAAAAAAAAAUGUUUUGGAUCAGGAUGUCAUCGAGUAAUUUUACAUAUAUGAAUUUAGACAUGGGUCAUUUGGUUUUUAAACAAGUUAUUUAUUUACAUCUUGUGUGAAUAAGCAUAUUUUGUAAUAAGUUUUAUGAUGAAAAGAUCUAUUACGAAGUGACAAGGUAGGAAAAGGAUGUAAUUUGACAUGCUUUGACACUGCUCUUUUCACGUUUGUAAUGUUAAAACUUGUUAAUAUACUUAAUAUUUCGGUGGAACAGUACAAUGACUUGAUCCUACAAGGCAUUAAACUUGAAGAACAUGGGUUUUUUUAACACGACUGCAUGCAUAUACAAAAUAAUAAUGUGACUUAGAACAGACCGGAGACGAAAAAUUUAAGAUAUUAUUGGUAAUGCAUCUUUAAAUACCUGAAGAAAUUAGAGAUAGUAUUUUGAAUUUCAUAACGUCAUAUUGAAGUUGAUGAUUAUAGUGUAAAAAUAACACGUUAUCAUGGAUGUGAAUAAUAAUCAGACGUGGAAGUCAGAUUACGAGGUCAUAUGUAGUGGCAAAAGUAGAAGCUAUCAUAAUGGCAGUGUUAAUGUAGAUAAAGGACGAUCACAUUUUUCACCUCUCGGAUUGAAAGAGCUGUCGGGAAAAGUGAACGAUGGGGGUAGAGCAGGUUUCGAGACUGAUUUAUUGUUAAGUAGCCGGACAUGUGUACAUGAUAAUACAGGAGAUGUAAUGAGAGGAGAAAAGUUGCAGACGACAAAUUGUACUGAAGUUUUGGUCAAGAAGGAAGAAACUAAGUUGAAGAAUGAUUUUGAAGUAUGUUCAGAAAUAACACAUGACAUAUCUGGCCAUGAAGAUGGAUUCAGGACAACGUUUCAAAAAAGCGGAAAAGAUAUAAUACAUGAGGGAUUAGUGCAAAAAGAUAUCAAAAACAGAAGUACAAAAAGGUCAGUGGGCAACAACAUUACCAGAAUGCAGAAGAUUAAUAAAAGAAAAGCAGUUCACAAUAUGAUUGCACAAAGUGCUAACAUAAAGGAUAAUUUUGAAGAACACAUGGUUGAUCUAGCUAAUCAAGCAGAAAAAGAUGACUGGAUGAAUAGCAAUACUCCUGUUGAUAACACAGACAAUAUUCUGUCAGAAUUUGACAUUAAUGACAGCAAAAAUGAUGACAGCAAAAACGACGACAGCGAAGAUGUGGGAUUGCAUAUCAGGACACAGAGAAGUGCGACAGAAUGUCAUUUAGUUGAUACUGAAAAUGGCGGUGAUGACAUUAGCAAGAUGCCUACUGCCGAUGGAAUUUUGUUACGGAAAAGAAAUUAUUUUCGGGAAAAGUCCCAGAGCUCAAAUAAUUUGGGUAACAAGACAGUGUCAAGGGAUGUGAUGGUCCCAAAAGUGAAAAUGGAGAAAUCGGCACAGAUUAUUGAGGCACGGCCUAAGUCUCAUCAUUUCUUGUGGACCAUUCCAGACCCCGGAAGUCAAAAGUUGAAUUGGCAUAAAACUCCGUUGACAGUGUUGGUGGUGAAGAAAAUAUAUGAUGAAGCUGUGCUCGGUCCAUUCAAAGACCUCAUAUCAUGGUUAAUAGAGGUUCGGAAGAUGAUAGUGUUCCUGGAAAGUAAUGUUUUAGAAGAUGUGCUCCUAGCAAACGAUAGUACAUUUAUAAAAUACAAGAGCCGGCUUCAAACAUUCAGAGAAGCAAAAGAUGAUCUCACAGACAAGAUAGACUUUAUAAUAUGUCUUGGAGGAGAUGGUACAUUACUGCACGCGUCUACAUUAUUCCAGCAAAGUUGUCCCCCUGUUAUGGCAUUUCACCAAGGAUCUCUGGGAUUUUUAACACCCUUUAGUUUUGACAACUUUGAGUCACAAGUUGAACAGGUUCUUGAUGGAAAUGCCUCUCUAUUGUUAAGAUACAGAUUAAAGUGUGUUAUAUGCAAGGAAGAUUCAGAACUUGGUCGAGUGUCGAGAAUAAAAAAUAUUGACAGUUCCUCUCCAUGUGGCAGGUCCCAAAUACUGGUAUUGAAUGAGGUUGUUAUUGAUCGUGGAUCAUCAUCGUUUAUAUGCAAUAUAGAUGUUUACGUAGAAGGUCGUCUCGUCACUUCUGUUCAAGGAGAUGGUCUUAUAAUAUCAACGCCAACUGGUAGCACGGCAUACGCAGUAGCAGCUGGUGCGUCGAUGAUUCAUCCAAACGUCCCAGCGAUCAUGAUCACCCCUAUAUGUCCGCAUUCAUUAUCAUUCCGACCAAUUGUUGUCCCUGCAGGUGUCGAAUUAAAGAUAAUGUUGUCCCCGGAUGCCCGUAACUCAGCCAUGGUGUCAUUUGAUGGAAGAAAUAGACAAGAAAUCAGACAGGGUGAUAGUGUUCGUAUAACAACGGCCCAGUUUCCACUGCCAGCGGUUUGUGCCAAGGACCAGAUUGAAGAUUGGUUUGACCGGCUGGCUGAAUGCCUCCACUGGAAUGUGAGAAAACCACAACGCUCUUUAGACUCUUCACGUAAUACCAGUGACUCUAAUAUUUCAAAUAAUGAUGUGUUCCAUGAAGAGCAUGGCUCUUGACUAAUCAGAAUGGCUUUUACAAAUUCAGUAAAGAGACGUGACCAAUCAGAUGAUACGAUAAAAAAGAAGCUGACCAAUGGGUUUCCAGGAUUUUCAUAAUUUAAAAAUUUGAAAGCGGGCUUUCAAUGCUCAUAAUUUUUUGCAUUUGAUUUAAUCAUGUUUGUUAUAGAAUAUUGAAAAUUUUUUUAGUGAUAUAUAAAAUAAGGUCCAAAUUAAAAUACAGGUAUAAAAUUAAGCAGAUAAGAGUCUGAAUGACAAUUCCUUUAAAAAAAAAGAUUAUAUAACUUGAGGGAAAAUGUUUGUUUUAAAAUUUUUAAAGAUUUGUUUAAAGUUAGUUUUAUUAUUAGGAAAUGUAUGUAAUAAAGUUAUUUAUUUAAACUUGUUAAAGAAAUUACACAUAUUUUUAUCAUAUCUAGAGAAAAAAUAUAGAGGUGAACCGGCCAUUGGUUCUUAUAAAUAUUAAUCAGUUUCAAAAGGAUUGUCAGUGGAGGAAACAGUUG